AUGGCUACGGAGAACAUGGUCAAGGAGAACAUGCAUGGCCACGGAGCACAUAGCCACGUAGAACAACAUGGCCACGGAGAACAUGGCGACGGAGGACAUGGCCACGGAGAACAUGGCGACGGCGGACAUGGUCACGGAGAACAUGGCGACGGAGGACAUGGUCACGGAGAACAUGUCGACGGAGGACAUGGUCACGGAGAACAACAUGGCCACGUAGAACAUGGUCACGGAGAACAUGGCGACAGAGAACAUGGUCACGGAGAACAUGGCGACGGAGGACAUGGACACGGAGGACAUGGCCACGGAGAACAUGGCCACGGAGAACAACAUGGCCACGGAGAACAUGGCCACAGAGACCAUACAUGA